CUGAAACAUACAAUGCCCGGUAUUGUUUCAAUGGCCAAUUGUGGUCCGAACACCAAUGGAUCGCAGUUUUUCAUUUGUACAGAGAAAACGGACUGGCUUGACAAUAAGCACGUUGUGUUCGGGCACGUUGUGGAGGGCAUGAAUGUCGUCAAGCAGGUCGAGCAACAAGGCAGCAAAAGUGGCAAGCCAAUGAUGCAGGUGACUGUUGUCGAAUGUGGAGAACUUCAGGAUCUGGAAGCCCAGAAUGCUUCGGCUGAUGCUGAUAGUUGA